AAAAUGUUGCCUGGGAGUACUUACAUAGACAUAAAGUAGCAUCUGUUCCUGGAAUAUAAACGCUACUGUAAUUUGCUCAACAUGGAAGCAAAUCAACCUUCUGACUCCAGUGAGCUCUCAGAUCAAGAGAGGGCAACAGAGGCUGAACCAGGCCAGACUCUCUUCACUAAAUUAUCUAUGAGAACACUUUUUGGAUUUACAGCUAAAUUGGAACCAGGGGCUUCACAAGAACAAGCUGUUCUUAAAGGUUUUAGAAAUUUCAAUGAUGAUAUAAACAGUGAUGUGGACAACCAGAAAGAGAGAAGCAAUAUCAAUGGCAAUGAUGAACUAGAUGAAGUACUUCCAGAAAUAUCACAAGCUGAAAGUACAAGCAAUGCUCAAGCUAUUCCAGAGCCUGGUACUGGCAACACAUUUGCCAUGGAGACUGGUGCCAAUGCCCUAGUUCUCUCAGGGGUGGGCGGCUAUGUACCAGCUGAUUUUGAAACUGUUGCUAGUGCCUCAGGUGACUAUGAGGCUGAUGUUGACACUCCUGUUGAUUCCAAAGUCAGCGAUGGCACACUUAUUGACUUUGAUGCCAGUGCCAGUGUCCCAGAUGACCACGAGAAUGUUGCUUGCAGCCCAGCUAACUUUGAACCAAAGGAAACAGAACAAAAUAAGCCAUCUCUUUCCAGUUCAGAUUCUCUAUAUUGUCCUUUGUCCGAAUUCAGCAAACAAGAUGACAAGGAUACCAUUCUUGUUCAGGGCACUUUGAUUCAUACAACAAGUGACACAGAGUCAGACAAUGAGACUACAGACCUAGAAAGUGAUGAAAAUCUAACAAACAAAUUUGUUUUAAAUAGUUCUGUGUCUUUGGGGGAUAAUGACCAGAAUAAAGAAGAAGAGAGAACAGAAAUAUAUCGAGAAACUGAUGGCACUGUGAUUGACAAUAAAAUGGAGCAGCCUCUACCAAGUUCUAAAUUGCCUGCAACAGAAAUGAACAAUACACUACAGGAAAUAGGAUCAGAUAGCGAAAAUUCAAUAUUAAAAGAUGAGCAAAGCAUUAGCCUACCUGCUACAGAAGAAGAUACUCAGGAGUCUGGAGAAGAGCAACAAUCUUUUGCAAGUAAUUCUAGUAGUACAUCCCUACAAAAGCCAGCUUCAAGUGAGAAGACCUUUCAGCUUCCUUCCUUCUUUAGUGGGUUACGUGUACGGAAGAAAGGGCUGUCUGCAGAUCUGGGGGAAACUGUCACUGAAAUCAAGCAGAAAGACAGUGACUUGGCUAUGCUUAAAUUAAAACAGCCAGUUAAGAAAACCAAUAUUGCACCUGACCUGUUGACUAAAAGGAAACCAUCUGAGCCUAAAGCUGGUCCCACCUUUCUUGAACAACUCUCUCAACUCUUAGGGCCUAAAAAUGAGGAUAAAGAUCCUAGUGAGGUAACAAGUGAAUCUGGAGGUAGUGAGGAUGGUAAAGAAAGCAAAUCUGUGAGAAAUGAAUCCUCUUGCCCCUCUGAAGAGGCAAAACCAAGUCCUGCUGAGUCUGCAUUGGAUGCAUUUAAAGCAUUAUUCACACGUCCUCCCAAAAAGGAGACAACUGCUGACCCUUCAGAGUUGGAAGCAAUAAAACGCAAAAUGAGGCACGAAAAAGAAUCAUUGAAGGCAGUAUUUGAAAGAUCAAGAUCAAAAUCUGGUGAUGGAACAACUGACACAAAACCAACCGAUAUAAGUUCCUCAGAACAGGAUGACAAGACUCCAGGAAGACUCCAAACCGUCUGGCCACCACCCAAAGCAGAUGAAGAAGAGAAAGUAGGGUUAAAGUAUACUGAAGCAGCUGACUUGAGAUCUUUUAAAGAGGCACAGCCAGAAUACCAUGCGGCUAUUUUACAUUUAAAGAGAGAGCACAAAGAUGAAGUUGAAAAAUUAAAGUCUCAAUUUGAACUCAGAGUGUUUCACAUUCGAGGAGAACAUGCUUCAUCCAUUGCAAAACUUGAGGAAGAUAUUAUCAAUUUAAAAAAUGAACUGGAAAAUACAUUGUACAAGAGAAGUGGGGAAGCAAAGGAUGCCUGUGUAUCCACUGAAGACGAUUAUCCACCGAAGACAUACAGAAAUGUAUGCAUACAAACGGACAGAGAAACAUUUAUAAAGCCAAGUGAAGAUGAAAACCGAACUAUCAAGAAUAACCAAAUAAUACCUAAGAAGCUUACUAUACCUUAUUUGAAUAGUCUUUCUGCCUCAAGUGACCAUAAAGAAACAUGCAGUUUUGGCCAUGCAUCUCCAUUGGAUCAAAAGUUGCUACAACCUCUGCCGCCACCUCCACCACCUUUAUUACCUGGUUCAAUCCCUCCAUCGCCGUCCUUUCCUCCAGGCGUGGGAACUAUUGAUCCACCACCACCACCUCCCCUUCCUGCAGCUUUUGGGACCCAUCAGCUACUACCUCCACCUCCUCCUCCCCCACCAGGGCCACCUCCACCAGGAGGAGGGCCGCCUCUACCAGGAGGGCCACCUCCACCACCACCUCUUGUAUCUAAUUUUCUUUUGAGUAGUACGUUAUCAAAACAAGGUCCUCGAAAACCUGCCAUCGAACCCAGCUGUCCCAUGAAGCCACUCUAUUGGACUAGAAUACAAAUACAAGACUUCAGCCAAAAUCCAGCACCAACUCUAUGGGACUCAUUAGAAGAACCCAACAUAUGUGAUACCAGUGAAUUUGAAUACUUAUUCUCCAAGGAAACAGCUCAGGAAAAGAAAAAACCGUUAGCAGAUUCAUAUGAAAAGAAAACAAAGACUAAAAAGAUUAUAAAACUGCUGGAUGGGAAGAGAUCUCAAACUGUAGGAAUUUUGAUAUCCAGUUUACAUUUAGAGAUGAAGGACAUACAACAAGCUAUACUCAAUGUGGAUGAUUCAAUAGUAGACCUAGAAACAUUGGAAGCAUUGUAUGAGAAUAGAGCACAAAAGGAUGAAGUGGAGAAAAUCAAGCAGCAUUAUGAGACAUCAAAAGAAGAAGAAGUAAAACUUCUGGACAAACCAGAACAAUUCUUAUUUGAAUUAUCCCAGAUCCCCAAUUUUGCUGAACGUGCCCGAUGUAUCAUCUUUCAGUCUGUUUUCAGUGAGGGGAUAACUUCAGUGCACCGUAAAGUGGAUAUUAUUAAUAAUGUAUCUAAGGGGUUGCUGGAUAUGACAAGUGUAAAAGAAGUUUUAGGCUUGAUUCUGGCAUUUGGAAAUUACAUGAAUGGAGGGAACAGAACACGUGGUCAAGCAGAUGGGUUUGGUUUGGAAAUACUUCCCAAACUAAAGGAUGUUAAAAGUAGAGAUACUGGCAUCAAUCUUGUGGAUUACGUUGUGAUAUAUUAUCUACGCCAUUGUGACAAGGAAGCAGGAACAGACAAGAGUGUGUUUCCUCUACCAGAACCACAAGAUUUCUUCCAGGCAUCUCAAGUUAAGUUUGAAGAUCUAACAAAGGACUUAAGAAAACUGAAGAGAGAUCUAGAAGUUUGUGAAAAACAGAUGAAAGUGGUUUUCAGAGACUCACCAGAAGAACACCUCCAGCCCUUUAAGGAUAAGUUGGAAGACUUUUUUCUAAAAGCUAUAGAAGAACAUAAGACAGAGGAGAGCCAUUUGGAGAAUGUACAAAAGUGCUUUGAAGAAAUGGUGGGAUAUUUUGGGAUAAAGCCAAAGUCUGGUGAGAAGGAGACCACGCCAAACUAUGUUUUUACAGUGUGGUACGAGUUCUGCAGCGACUUUAAGACCAUUUGGAAACGAGAGAGCAAAAACAUUUCCAAAGAAAGACUCAAAGUGGCUCAGCAAUCAGUGAGCAAGUUAACUGCAGAAAAGAAGGUGGAAACAAAGAAAAUUAAUCCCACCGCCAGUCUGAAAGAAAGACUACGUCAGAAAGAAGCCAAUGUGACCACCAACUGAAAGAAGACACAUGAAAAUAAUGACAGUGUGACUUAAUACUUUGCAUGAUGCUUCACCCUGCCUAUUCCCUUGGGAGCACCUUAUUUUAGAUGUUAUGAAGUUUUGUUUUGCUCUUCUCUUCUGAGACAAUCCACAAAAUACUUCUCAAUCUCUUGGCUUGUACAGAAGAGGGAACACUAAGACGUUUGUUUACAUGGGAAUUAUGAAGGGUUUUGUAUAACUCUCCCUUAUGUGGCUUAAAUGCAGCUCUUUUUUUAAAGGUUAUUUGAAGUACUCUAUGCAAAAUGCACUAAUGUAGAAGAGAGCAAAAUCAGGAUUUUAGUGAAUUAAGUAGCUUUAUGUGACAUGCCACAGAAGUGUGUGUUGGCUCAUAUAAGCCUCAUGUACUCUUCGUUGGUAGACUACAGGAUUUACUGAGUGCAAGUUCUAUUUCAAAUGAUUUUGAUAGUAUCCAAAGGAUUAGCUUUAUCUUCUCAAAUGCGAUUGAAAGUUAGGUGUAUCAGAUGUAUUCUGUAUUAUAUUACAAUUAUUUUUAUAGGAACCUUAGUCUAUGCCAUAGAAGCAGAUAUACUAUUUUUGCACAUUUUAUUGUGGAGUCAAAAUAUUUUAUCCUACUGAAUAAGUUGUAGAUAAUGUAACCCAGUGCAUUCAUUCAUAUUCUGUGGGUUGGUUGGUUGGUUUUUGUUUCUCCUUAUAGUCUCCAUAUUGUCUAAUGGCAAAAGAAGUUUCCCUGUCAACAUGAGGUCAAGUUAGCAACAUUCAAAAAUACUUUAUUUAGGCUAAGUAGCCUAGCUCAGAACAUGUAUCUCCAUAAAGUCAUAUAGUUAUCCUUCAUCUAUACCAAAGUCAUUUCUUCAUAGCACUUUGGUCUAAACAGUGGGCUACAUGAUGCACAAUUUGCUCUCAGUGCUAAGGGCGCACCAGGGCUGUUGCACAACUACAAAGGCAGCCCCAGCAGCGUAGCGCUGGGGAUGCUAUGCACUGACUAAAGAAAUAAUGGAAAAGAGCGCUACACUGUGCUACCCAGAAGUGCUUUAAAGUCUCUACACAGCAUCCUCAGCACUGAACUGUUGGAGAUGCUUUUGAAGUUGCACAAUAGCCCCAGCACACCUUUAAUGUCAAGUGACUGUGCAUCAUGUAGCCCCUUGAUUUUUAGAAUAUGUUUAUGUCAUCAUAGUCAUCAUCAUCAUAUCAUCAGCACAUGUACAGCAUAUAUAUGUUAAUUAUUCACUCUAGUAUACAGACUUUGAUUAGAAAGAUUGAUCUCUUAUUGCAUUAGUGCUGUAUUGUGGUACAGUAGCAACUCACUGUUGCUACAGUAAUCUCUGUCUAUAGAGAUUCUAAUUCGGAAUCUCUAUCAAAUGAAUCAAAAUCUCUCUUUAUUUAUUAUUUAUUUAUUUAUUCGAUUUCUAUACUGCCCUUCCAAAAAUGACUCAGGGUGGUUUAAACAGAGAAAUAAUAAAUAAUUGAGAUGGAUCCCUGUCCCCAAAGGGCUCACAAUCUAAAAUAGAUAGACACCAGCAACAGUCUGGGGGUGGAUAGGGGUGCUGGGGGUGUAUAGGGCCAGUUGGUCUCCCCCUGCUAAAUUAAGAGAAUCACCACCUUUGCCAAGUUAGCAGGGGAACUCUUGCCUAAACUAUAAUGUCAGGGGUCACAGAAGCAGGCCCUUGCAAUAAGUAAGUAAGCAGGUAAAAUAAAAUUCUGCAUGCUCAAAAGUAAUUAGAAAUAGGACAACAAAUAGUUGACUCAGCAGCUGAAAAAAUGUGUACCAAGACAAAAAUUAUCAGAGUUCUGUUUCUCAGAGGAAACUCUAGAACAGGGUUUCUCAAUGUGUGGAUCCCCAGAUGUUAUUGGAUUUCAACUCCCAUAAUCCCCAGCCCCAGUGGCCUUUGGUUGGGAAUUCUGGGAGCUGAAGUCCAAUUACAUCUGGGGACCCACAUGUUGAGAAUCCCUGCUCUAGAAACUCUGGCCCACAAUAUGGGAUGGCACUUGAUCCCACAUUGCUGGCCAGAAUUCACCCACAUACAAGCAUACUCUCUUCCUUGAUCUUUUCACUUUUACCUGCUGCUUCUACCAUAGGAUAUCUUUUACGUAUCUUUAAGCAGGUGCCUGUGCUCCUUAUUCCUUAAUCAGAUCUGUUGUGCACAGUUGGAAGCACAAGUUAGUGUCAGGGAUGUCCCAAUUCAGUGCCUGAAGUGUCCCAAUUCAGGCAUGGACCCUGAAUGCCCCCAUCCUCCAGAGAUGACAGGGAGAAGCUGUUUGAUCAGUUUCCAUUAAUAGUGCAGCCUAUAAUGGUGAUGCAAUUGUCCUUGAACUCCAUGUAUAAUAAAGGCAAUGAUUGGUGUGGCCUGAAAUCCCUUGCACUUGUAGAAUGCAGGGACUCAUCAUAUCCCUAAAGUAAAUCCGGUGUAGAUAUACCUUGAGUCUCCUCCCACCAUAAUCAAUACCACUUCUUUUGUUGGGAUAUAUCCUUCUUUCCCAUGACUUUGGCUUUGUUGCUACAUUGGGUUUCAUGCCACUCCUCUUCUUUUAAUGACAUGAGAGUGAAUUUUCCUGAUGCCUCUCUUCAUCUGGAAAAGAAAUGUAGACACAUCUACUCAGCCAAGUAAAUCUGAAUUAAGGUAUAUUAUUCCAACAGCAGUGAUAAAAUUAACAUAUCCAUAAAUAAUCCGGUGAAAUAACCAGAGAAAGAUACACAGACCAUAGAAGAAAGGAAAAUAUUACACCUGCAGGAUAAAUAAAGAGCAGCCAGAAUGAGUAAAAGGUCUAGGCAGAGUUGAUAGGAGUGAGUGCAUGGUUCUUAAAUGUAGCUUCUCACUUUUUAUUGAAAUUAGUGUAGUUGUUAACAGCUUAUUUGAAAGACUUAAUGUAUAGGUCCCCAUUUAUACUAUCCUAGCAUAAUUAAAGGUUCUAAAAUAACACAUUUUUAUGCCUGCCGUUUGAUAGGCUAAAGUUUCAGAAAAGGCUAAAGUUUAAACUAUCCUGAAUAAGGAACAAUUGUAGACAUUUUCAGUGCAGUUAUUGAAAUCCUAGUUAUUUCCCUUUUAGUUGGACAUUUGAAAUAUCCCAUCACAUAGCCUUCCCAGUUUUCAUUUUGAAGAAAAGAAGAUUCCAAAUUUUGAAUCUGUUUGCACUGAAGCAGCAGAACAGGAAAAGUGUUGCAUCAUAAAAGAUGCAAAACAAAGGAGCAACAAAGUCUAGAAAAGCCAAAUAUCAUAGAUCAACAGUAGGCAUACCGGUGGUGAUAAAACUUCUAUGAGGUCCUGUUGAGGUUUGGUGACAUGCAUCUGACUAAAAGAGAAUGUGAAAAAACAUUACAAUGGGAUUAUGUAGUAAAUAUAUAUGUGUGCAAAAGAUAACGUUCAAUUUAAUGUUCAACUUAUAUUAGCAGCUACACUACCUUUAGAUCAACUGAGACUUGGACCAAUUAAUUUAUUCUUUCACAAGAGCUUCCGUAUGCUUUCACUAAAAUCGGUGAAGUCUUUUCAGUUAAAUAGUGCACUGAAAUGCAAGUGGACAAUACUCAUGAGUGACUUAUUUGAGAGUAUUAAUACUGGUACUAUUUGCUGGUCUCAAAUUGAUAUGCUAGCAGUGAAAAGGCAUUAGUAACAUAGACUUGUAUUGUACUACAGAUUUUAUAGGAACUGGACCAAAAGACUGGAAAGUGCAAGAGUUGCAUUUGGAAACUGUGUUAUGUAAAUAUUACAUAGGAAGAAAAUACAAUAAAUAAGGCUGUUUAGCACCUACUUCAUAAUCCUGCAGCCAACCCAGUAUUAAGCAUUUUUAAGUCCCACUUUUUUGAACUGGAGAUAUGUAAGACAUUCUUAUCUCCCAUUGGAAAUAAUUUGACUUAUAAGUACUUAACUGUGGUUGGAUUGUGUUAGCUGAGUUUUAGCUGUGUUCUCCUUACUUCCUUGCAGGAUCUUAAAGAUGCAGGGAAGAAAAAGUAAUUUGUAAAUUAUGCCAAAGGUGAAGCAAUCCUCUGUUCAAUGCAGUUACUUUCUACUAUGGAUAUAUGACAAUUAGCCAUGUUUAGUCAGAAAUCUUAAUAAAAAGUCAAUAUCACAGAAAUACAAAUACCCAAGUGCAUGUGUUUAUAUUUUGGAAUGGAGGGGGGAAACUGCUGCUACUCCUACUAAUAUGUAUAUGUUGCUUUUCUACCAAAGUUCUCAAAGUGGUUUACAUAGAAAAAUAAAGAAAGAAGAUGGUUCCCUAUCCCCAAAGGGCUCAUAAUUUAAAAAGAAAUAUAAGGUAGGCACCAGCAACAGCCGCUGGAGGGAAGCUGUGCUGUAGUUUGAUAGGGCUAGUUGCUCUCCCCUACUAAGUACUGUAUAAGAGCAUCACCACUUUAAAAAGCCCCUCUUUGCUCAGUUAGCAGGGGAUACCCUGUAUUCUUGUUAUUUUGUAAAGCUUUUGGAAUGGAGUCAUUUAUUUUGCAUCUCUUAAGGAUAUUCUAAUAAUCUAAAUUAAAUGGACUUGGAUCCAAAUAAUCCACUGCAUAAGAGGAAGGCACUUCUGGUCAUGUGUGGGGUCUCACAUCUUUCCCCUGUCCAUCAGCAAGUUGCCCAUACUUCUUAAAAACUGACUUUAGAGGUUUAGAGGUUGAAUCCUCCAAAGCAACUUGGAGGGCAUAGGGACUGCAACAUGAGGAAUCCGCCACACACACCCCACAAGGGGAAGUCUCUUUUGCUUGCACAGCAGUAUCUUUGUAUUCCAGGCAUUCUAUUUUAUUAUUCUGAUAAUGAAUGUAUGAAAUAUUAAAAUGGCUUUGUCGUGGACAACCUGUCUUUUUUUAUCCUGUACUUUUGAGAGUAUAAAUUUAUAAUCUUUAUGUAUAAGAAUAUACUUAUAGAAUUUGCAAAUGAUAUAUUUGAAGCAAUAUAACAGAGGUGUAAAUAAACCUGUGAGUCAGUGAA